CCUUCACUUUCCCCAGGAUAUCCAAUGUUGCGUGAAAGCAUCAGUGCUGUCCAUGGGGAGCUUCGCCUUGUCGAAAUCGUAUGUGUUCUUAUUACCUUUCUAAGACGGCACUAGGUCUUGUUGUUAACCUACGGCAUUUCGCAUUGCCAGGAGAUUAAGAAGGGCCAGUCUGAACUCGAAUACUUGCGCUCAGCCUUAGCUUCAUCUGAGUACAGGAGAGAAGCGGCCGAACAGCGUGAGCUGUCAUUGCAAAAUGAAGUGGAAAGGUUACGUUCGCUUCGUCAAACUGAACUUGAAACUAUCCAGCAACAGUUCCAAUAUCGCAAAAUGUAUGAGGAAGCUGAAGAUCGGCUAAAGAAUCAGCAGAAGGAAUACGAGUUGAAGCUGGAGGAAUUGAAAGGUGCCCUUAACAGCGUGGAUGACAGGGCAGCGCAAGCUAAAAAUAUAUCUGAAGCCCGAAUACGGAGUCUGGAAAAGGAGAUCUCAGAGGCAUGGGCCACGGUGGUCACUCUCGAGGAGAGGUUGGAGCAGCAGAGUGGUGAAAACGAGCAUGAAAAGAUGCAACUUAAAGAAUCAGCGUUUUCACAGAGGGUGAAGUAUGAGGGUGAAUUGGCUAACCUCAGAAAUCAGCUUCACGACCAAGAGAUAAGACGGAAGUCUCUGGAAAAGGCUCUCUCAAUGGCUGAGUAUAAAACUUCGCUGGCGGAGAAUCAGUUGCAAGAACAAUUGAAGGAAUUCAGGCAGAAAAUGGAAGAACAAAGCCGUGAAGCAGUGCCAAACAGGCAUGCUGAUGCCAUCAAGCAGAGAAUGAUGAAGAUGCGAAAGGAGAACGAUGAGCUUCGUCGGCAGCUCCAAGCUUACCAGGGAAGAUGAUGCUCGGCUGUGUGGAUGGUGUGGUUGACAGGUUGUGGAUUGUGGAUUCACGCCAGGCCUGGUUACUAGAAUAUUUUAGGGGGCCAGCUUCUUUUCUUGGGUUUAGGGGGAAUGUUACCUUGAAUGUGACAAUGGUGCUGUGUCCUGCCGGUCACAUCUUUUCUUGUAUUCACCCUAGCAAAUUGAAGAUCUCUAGUGGUUGCUUACAGCACAUUGCUUGGGAUCAUAAUUGUCAUUGCAUGCCCUGAAAUGAUCGAAAAGUUAUGGCGGACUUCAUGUAGUGUUUCUUACAGUAUGUGGUGGUACUGCGUCGAGUUGAGGCAUUAGAGGGGUGAGCAACUUAUGAAGCCGCCAUUACAGCUGUCACAACAUCAGCUCAAGAGCGUAGAGCCGCUACCAGUCAUAUCGCGGCUGCCAUGGCUGUCCUACUGCCGUCAGUCGAGACAGCUAGAUGGCAACUGUUAUCUUCACUGCACGGCCAUCGCAUUUGCCGGGGCAAGCCGUGCACUCGCCGCUCACUUUCAUCCAACCUUGUUACCCGUUUCGCACCAAACCAUACUCGUUCGCAGCCCAUCAGCAGUGAAUUCGCGAAGCCCAACAUUGCGGUUGCUGCUCAAGCGCGCCAGACGCAGCACUUGCCGGAGAAUGUACCUUCGCACGGCAUCCAUUCCAAGUCACAACUCUUUACUAUAUUACCGUCGCCUUCGACCGCUGCUUGCGAAGUGACAGCGGGGGAAUGCGUCGCCGACAUCCUGCGACAGUUCAAGAAUGUCGCCGCUUCCUUCCUCGUGACCACAGCCUCCGCUAUCACCCUCUUGUCCUUUCCCUUAGACGCUUCCGCAGCAGCAGGAGGGCCAGCUGUACUUUCAGUAGCAGGAUCAGCAGUAUCAUCCACUCUUUCCGCUCCACUUUCCCCAGGCGCGGCGACAUGGGACAGUCAUGAAAUUCUAGCUUCUUCACUCUCAGGACCCCUCGCUCAGAUUGCAGAAAUCUCAGCUGCAGCUGAGCCUGCACCAGAUAUGGCCUUCGCUGCAGGCCAAUCCGCAUCUGACAGCCUGGCAACAGCGAGCCCUGUGAUUGACGGAGCGCAGCUGCUGGGCGGCGGGAAACGGGAGGCUCUGAUUGGUCAGCUGGAGGCCCUGGAGAGGGAGAAUGGUUGGCGUAUGCGUGUGCUGACUCGAUAUGCGCCUGAGCAGUUCGAAACAGAGGCUCUGCGAGCAAUUUGGCAGCCUGACGACCGAACGGUAGUGGUGGUGGUGGACGUCACAUCGCCCAACAUCCUUAACUUCUUUGCUGGGGAUACUGUGAGAGAGAAGCUUCCACGACAGUUCUUCAUCGAGCUACAAUCUCGCUUCGGAAACCAGUUCUAUGUGGCCGAGCAGGGCGACACCAGGGCCCUCCAGCAGGCUGUGUCCACGCUGCAGACAUGCCUCUUAAAGCCCGCCGGCUGCAGCAACGUGCCCGGCCUAGUGGACGACCUCUACUUCCUCACCCUCUCCACCGCCAUCCUUGGUGGGUUGGUUUUUGGUUUCGCCGCCCGCCUGGAACCUUCCGGGAAGGUGGAGGCUAGUUGGCAGUGGGUGCUACUUUUUUCCCCGCUGUGGCUGCUGCUGCUUGUGGCCUUUUCGCUGCUGCCCAUAACUGCCCGAACGGACGAUUUGGAGCCGUUGUUGAAGAAUGGGGCGGGUUUUCUCGCUGGGGCAGCUGGAACUUAUUUGACUCCGAUUUUCGGGCAGUCUCCUGUGGCGAACUGGGGGAAGGGGAAGGAUGGAGGGACUCAGAGUGGCACGAGAAGUGGUAGGGACAGCGACUCAGAUGAUUUUUAGAAUAUCCAUAUGAGAGUAUGAGUCCGAUUUUUUGCGUUGGGUUCCAUCCAAUUCCGUGAACAAUUUUUAUCUCAUAUGGAUACAUAUUUUUGCUUG